UUAAUAAUGGAUUCUGUUGAUAUCUUGUUUACACAGAUAGGGGGUUUAAACUGAACUUUCAAGUUUUAAGCGCUUGUGCUUAAAAGCUGAUAAGGAGUUGGGCGUGAUGUACAAAUAUGGCACCAGUGAAGGUACAAUAUAUCUUAGACCAUGUCGGGAAUUAUCCGCGCACUAAGGCGUGCGGCAGGACGGUUGUCAUUUAGACGCAAGAAAAAACGUCGACGAGGUCCAAAACUCAUUCCUGGGCAACAACCAGACGAAGAAUUUGAGAAAACGAAAGAACAAUCAGAAAUCAAUUUUAAGAAGGAAGCAGACGAGGAAAUUAUAGUUGACGUACACAGAGAAACAACAGACGUCAUUGACGCCGUAGACGGGUCAGACGAUAAAAUGGAUGACAAGAGGAAAUCAUCAGAGAAUACAUCGUCUUCAUCAUCGGAUUCAGAUCACGAAGGGACUCCGGCUGUAACCUCAAAAUGGAAAUUUCGAAAAAGGGUGAAAGAAAAGAUUCUGCAGAAACAGUUUGAUGAGUGUGACGGUGAGGUUUGUGUGGAUAUGCUGAGGACCCCCACUGUUAAAGCUUUCACCGCCCUCAAAAGGAAAUUAAAAAAAUCAGAUAAAACCUGGAUCCAGGGCUUUCUGGACGGUGGCGGACUUGACGUCUUGUUGGAUGCUGUUGACGUCAUCAGUAGUCGACGUGUUACGGAACUGUCUGAAGCCUUGAAGCUUUUAGAAUGUGUUUCCUGUAUUACCAAGCUGGUAAAUUCUAAGAUGGGACUGUCUUUCUUAGUUCAGCACGACAGUUAUACAAAGAGACUUGUUAAGGCACUGGACACAAACAAUGUCAUGGUGAAGAAACAAGUGUUCGAAUUACUUUCGGCGCUGUGCGUGUAUUCCAAUGAUGGAUACAGACUGACAAUGGACGCCUUAGACAGCUUUAAGACAUUGAAGAAGCAGAGAUACCGUUUCAGUUUGAUCGUAAAUGAGCUGAGAAUGGCGGACUUGGUUCCCUAUAAGACAGCGUUAAUGGCUUUUGUUAACUGCAUCAUAGUGGCUAAUGAAGAGCUAGAAGACAGAGUGAGAGUCCGUAAUGAAUUCAUAGGUUUGAACAUUCUUGAUAUGAUCAACAAUUUAAGAAACGAAGAUGACGAGGAUUUGAUCAUUCAGUGCGAUGUUUUUGAUGACGAGAAGGAAUCGGACGAUGAUGAGUUAGCAGCUUUAAAUCCUGCGUGUGUAGAUAUUAACGAUCAUAAAGAAGUGUUCAAUGCCCUCUAUCAUAAGGUUUACAACACUCCCUUGGCGGACGUGUUUCUUAAUGUGCUGCAAACUCUUUUACAAAUUGAACCAGAAAACCCGCUUAGUGAUGUACAGUGGAACAUAGUAGAGACCUCUGUGAGGCGAGCAUUUCUGAUCGACGAGACCCAUGUCAACAGAGCUUCUCUAGGAGGGACAGAAGUGUUACCUAAAUACCCAGGGGCAUCCAAGGCUGUUCAGACUGACCCCAUACCCAUAAACAGAUCAAUAUCAGCACCACCUCCAGCACACUCCAGUCUUUUCAAAGAAAGGUCUACAGACUUGAAAAAAGCAUUAGAAGCAAAAUUGAAUCAAAAUACAAAGCCAUCCUGUGAUACACUUAAGAGAAUUGACAAGGAAAUUGACCAGUGUUUUAAUUUUGUGAAUGAUGAUUUAUCUCCAUCAAGUAACAUCCAUUCAAGUUCAUCUCCAAACACAGACUCAACAGAACAAAAUCAAAACAUUCAAGAAUCAGCAUUACCAUCAUCACUAUCUACAAUCUCUCAGCAAAAUGGUGGAUCAGCCCCACCUCCACCACCCCCACCCCCUCCACCGCCCCCACCAGGUAUGGGAUCACCACCUCUGCCGUAUCAACAAGAAAGUGCUAUACCGCUGCCACCACCACCACCACCUCCUCCUGGAAUGGAACCUCCUGUUCCUCCUCCUCCACCACCACCACCACCAGGUGUGAGGCCACCACCUCCUCCACCACCACCACCACCUCCCCCUGGAAUAGGCAUUCCCAUCCCUCCUCCUCCACCUCCUCCACCCCAAGGGUGUGGACCUCAAGUCCCUCCUCCUCCCCCUCCACCCCCAGGCUGUGGACCACCUCCCCCACCACCUCCACCUGGGAUGGGCAAGGCAAGACCAACACCAUUAACCUUCUCCAGUAAUCAGGUAUCGUCUAAUAAGAUGUGGACUCCCACUCCUAAACAUAAAAUGAAGACAUUCAACUGGACAAAGGUCCCAUCCCAUACUAUAUCAUCUCAUGAAAAUGUUUGGAAAGAAAUCCUUGAUAUGCAGGAUCUGAUAAGUGUAAAAUAUGAAGCUCUAGAACAACUAUUCUGUCAGAAGCAAAUCCAGAAGAGGAAAGAAAAUGAGAAAAAUAAAAUCAAACCACCCUCAGAGAUAUUACUACUGGAUACAAAGAGAAGCAUGAAUGUGAACAUCUUCCUGAAGCAGUUUAAGUGCAGUCAUGAUGAAAUUAUGUCUAUGAUUGAGGCAGGUGAUGUGAGCGCCAUCGGCCAAGAGCGCCUGCGCGGUCUGCAAAAGAUCCUUCCAGAGGCAGACGAGGUGAACAUGAUUAAAGGUUUUGAGGGAGACAAAGAGAAACUCGGAAACGCAGAGAAAUUCUUCCUAAAACUUAUCCAGCUACAGUCCUUUAAAAUUCGUAUUGAUGGUUUGGUUCUAAAAGACGAAUUUCGAGUAACGUUGGACACACUGUUACCUAAUAUUCAGGCCGUAGUGAAGGCCUGCCAACACCUUCUAGAGAACGAGUCCUUCAAAGUCUUCCUACGAUAUGUCUUACAUGCUGGGAAUUUCAUGAACGCGGGAGGAUACGCUGGGAAUGCCAUGGGUUUCCGGAUAAACUCCCUGAAUAAGCUGAUGGACACGAGGGCAAACAAACCGCGGGUGACACUGCUACAUUACCUAGUGGGUGAGGCGGAGAAGGAGAAUAAAGACGCUCUGAAUUUUGUUGACGAAAUGUCCUCGGAUCUAGCUAGAGCUUCAAGGUUGACAGUAGAUGCUUUAACAGCUGAAGUGAAACAGUUAAAAACCAGUGUCAACAAACUUCAUAAAGAUUUAGAGGCUUGUCCUGAGGAUGUCAAAAACCAACUCAAAACUUUCAUACAGGAUGCUGAGGAGGAGAUGGCAUCUCUAGACAAGAAGUUACAGGAAAUCACCGAACUUACCAAGCAGCUGGUCAGCUAUUUCUGUGAAAACGAAAAAGCGUUCAAAUUAGAGGAAUGUAUUAACAAUCUAAAUACGUUCUGUGAUCGUGUUAAACAGUGCCAAAAGGAGAAUCUUCAAAGAAAACAGCAGGAAGAAAAGGCAGAGCGCAGGAAGAAACAGCAACAAGAAAUGGCGAGCAAACGUACUAAACAUGCCCCUACAGUACCAGAACCCGAUGAGGAUGGGUGUAUCAUUGAUCGUUUACUAACGGACAUAAGAAAGGGCUUCAAACUCCGGAAAACAACUCCUUCAACAUCCUCAUCCAAGAAGGAGGACGCAAAAGUCAAAACUUCCCCGCCUCCAUCCCCUAAACGUGUUGUAAAAAUGGCAUCCUCUCCUCUUUUAGAUGUGAGAACUGCAGGGGCUUCUGUUGAUUCUGUGAAAGAAAAAAAUGAAGAAACUCGUCAAAGUAGCGAUAGAGACUCUUCUGAUUCCAAGUCUGACAAUGGUAGGGAGACAUCUAGACAAUCCCAACAGAAACCUCAAAAUAAAACUGAAAGUUCUCUAGAAAGUAAACCAGUUACUGUUAAUGUAGACUCAGAGACUGAUCAUAAUUCAGGUAAUCACUCACCGGAAAACAAACCUUUAUCUAAUGGGAGAGGUAACGGAGAUGAAAAUGGCAUUGUCGUUCAAUUCGAUCCCACUACAGAAAACACAGAAUCCCUUGUGUGAUUACGGACAAUGACGUCAUGAUUUUGAUCGUAGACCAGUGUAGAUCAAUUCAUGGCACCUCUGGUGAACGUAUAUUAGCUUCAUGCGCUGUUCCCAAAUGGACCAAAACAUUAUAUUCAAAAGAAAAAAAUAUGACCUUUUAAAAACUUUAUCAAUUUUGAUAGUGCAGAAUUUAUAUAAAUGUAUAUGUAUACGUUUUUUCUUUAAGAUUUUUGCCACAGUUUUAACCUGGUAACAAAUACACUAGACGGGAAGCAAAUGCAGACAAUCCUUUGCAAAAAUAAUAUAUUAACUCAUAAUAUAUUAACUGAUAACUUAUUGUGGAGAAUCAAUUUCAGUCAAGUAAUGCUCCGGGUAUGAAAAUGCAUAUUUAUUUGUAUUACUUAAUCAACAAGUCCAAUACUUUUCAGAAUAUUAUUUUUAUCAAUUUUUUAAAAUCAAUUUCAUUGCUUUUAAUUCUAAAAAUUGUUGAUAUGUUCGCAGGAAUUACGAUACUUGUACCAAAAUAGUAAUGCAGAUAAUGACAGAAUUUUUACAAUUUUGAAGUGAAAAAAAACUUAGUCUUUCGGAUUUUUGUUGAAUUGUUAAAAUGUAAUAUGCAAUUUGAUUUAAAU